GCGAAGUGCGCGUUGCCGGUUGCACUUCUUAGUUCCUUUGCCUGUACUGUCGUGUGGUGGUGACUGUUUUUAAGAAUUAAGCAAAUCAUACACUUAAUUUUUUUGAAAAUACUCAUAGUUGAAUAGCUAUAUUUCUGAUAGAUGAUAUUAUUAAUUAUUUGUAUCAGAUUAAAAUAAAACAUGUCGGACUGGGAUUCUGAUUGUGACGAUACACCGGUACAACAAAAUAUACCACCGCCUGAACAAAAUUUCCAAUCGAGAGGAAAUUAUUCUGUCAGAGGCCAAAGAGACGGUCAGUAUUCUAGAAAUAUUACUACAGCACGUGGCAGAGGGUAUCUUCGUGGUAAUAACAAAGUCAUAUCAAUACCCUCAACUAAAAUUGGGCGAGUGAUAGGUCGAGGAGGAGUAAAAAUCCGCGAUUUAGAAUAUGAGAGUGAAGCUAAAAUUAAAAUUGGCAAUUCAGCAGGUGACAACACAGAUAUCUCGCUAUUUGGAACUGAUUCUGCGAUUACAAAAGUUGAACAAAUGAUUAAAGAUCUUACUAUUGAUAAAGAGGCGUCUAAAAAACAGAAUGCACAGUCGGUUUCAGGGACUGCUUCUCAGGAUGGCGCAAGUGCAUGUCUAUUUACUUAUGUGAAUAGUGAAGGGGUUGAAGUUAUAGAUUUGGCCAAAGCAUCUGCUUAUGCUGAUCAGGUACAAAAAGAAAGGUGGGCAACAUUACCGCCUAUUGUCAAAAACUUUUAUAAUGAGGAUCCUACAGUUGCUGCAAUGCCUCCAAAUGAGGUUGCUUAUUGGCGCUUGUGUAACUUUGACAUUAAAGUAACAAGAAUAGCUGACAACUUGGAAGCUGAGGCAAUACCAAAUCCUGUGCUGACCUUUGAGCAAGCAUUUAAAGAUUAUCCAGAAAUACUUGAGGAAAUACGUAAACAAGGAUUUACAAAACCUUCUCCAAUUCAGAGCCAAGCUUGGCCCAUUUUACUAAAAGGAGAAGACAUGAUUGGUAUUGCACAAACAGGAACUGGCAAAACUUUAGCCUUUUUGUUGCCUGCUUUAAUUCAUAUUGAAGGGCAGCCAACACCUAGAGAAAAGAGACCAGGGCCAACUGUACUUAUUCUAGCUCCAACAAGAGAAUUAGCUAUACAAAUUCAGAGAGAAGUCAACAAAUAUCAUUACAAAGGCAUUAAUAGUGUUUGCAUAUAUGGGGGAGCAGAUCGGCAGGAACAAAUUGAUAUUGUUUCAAAGGGGGUGGAUAUUGUCAUUGCAACCCCUGGAAGAUUGAUUGAUUUGAUCAAAGCAAAUCAUAUAGAUGCUUCCUACUUCUCCUAUAUUGUAUUAGACGAAGCAGAUCGAAUGCUAGAUAUGGGCUUUGAACCUCAGAUCCAUAUUUGUUUGUUGAAUGUGAGACCUGAACACCAAUGUGUUAUGACAUCUGCCACCUGGCCUUCUGCUGUUCGCCGGCUAGCUGACAAGUACAUGCACAAUCCUGUAUAUGUAAACGUUGGGUCCCUGGACUUGGCAGCAGUGCACACAGUUACCCAAAAAGUAAGGGUUGUUAUGGAAGAAGAAAAGGAUAGUAUUCUCCUUGACUUUAUACAUAAUAUGGAUCCUACUGAUAAAGUUUUGAUUUUCUGUGCCAAAAAAAGUACAGCUUCUGAUGUCACAGCAGAUUUAGCAUGUAAGGGAUUUUAUUGUGAAUCAUUGCAUGGUGAUAGGGAUCAAAGUGAUCGUGAAGCAGCUCUUGAAGAUAUGAUGGAUGGAACAGUCAACAUAUUAGUUGCCACAGAUGUUGCUUCACGGGGGAUUGAUAUAAAAGACUUAACUCAUGUUAUAAACCUAGACUUUCCAAGGAAAAUUGAGGAGUAUGUUCAUAGAAUUGGGCGUACAGGAAGGGCCGGUAGGACAGGGAUUGCAUUAUCUUUAGUGACAAAAUAUGAUUGGGCAAAUGCCGGUGAAUUGAUAAAUAUUUUGGAAGAAGCACACCAAGAGGUUCCUAGUGAGUUGAGGGAAAUGGCUGACCGUUUUAAAGCUAACAAGUCAACAAGGCAACAUGGUCAAGGUGGUCGUGGGAGAGGGAGAAGACCACGCUGGUAGACCUUAUUAAAGUGAAUUAAAAAGUAUUAUAUUUUAAUAGUAUGUUUAAGAUUUACUAGGCAUGGCAUAGUUUUUUUUUUCUUUUUUAUAUUUUUUUCUCUUGUUCCAGUAGUAAUUUUAUUUUGUUAUUUCUAGUUUUGAAAUGUAGUGUUCAAUUUUGUUAUGUUUUGGCUUACAGAUUUUGAUCUUAGCUUAGGAAUGAAAUUGGAAGUUGGGAGUUAUAACUCUACUAAAAGAGGUCAUACAAUGGCCUUUAUAAUUUUAUAUAUUAGAAAUUCCCACCACAUGUUUAAGUAUUCUUAGGCUAAUUUUAAUAUUAAAAAUCUCAGUUGAGAAGUAUGAUCCAAACAUAAUACAUUUCUGAUCUCUGUAAUAAGUGUAGUUUUUUUUAAAUAAAUAAGCUUUGUAUGC